GUCAUGAAAACAUUGUGAGUGACAAUAUUAUUGGCAUAAUUAACUUGCGUAGCACGCUUUGUCUAAACAAAUCGGUAUGCGACUCCUGUUGGUCAUGCAUUGCGUGGCAGGUUGCUCCGACUGUCUGAACAAGAAAGGAAACGUUUUGUUGUCCAAAGCAAUAUCACCCGAGGUCUUUUUUACGAUUGGGUGACUGUAAAGUAAGCGGGCUUGGCGUUGCAGGGAUGUCGAGCCUAAAGCUGAUUUCAGCAACUGAUACCCAGUUUCCUGCAUCAGUGCUGAAGUCUAUCAAUGAACAGAGGAAUAAUGGAUUGUUCUGUGAUGUCACCAUCAUUGUCCAAGAUCGUAAAUUUAAAGCACACAAGAUAAUGUUGUCAGCAUCCAGCACUUACUUUCGACAGCUCUUCUCUGUAGCGGGACAGGUCAUUGAGUUAAAUUUUAUCAAGGCAGAAAUAUUUGAGGAGAUUUUAAACUAUAUUUACACAUCCAAAAUCAGCAGAGUCCGCUCUGACAAACUCGAGGAUUUGAUUUCAGCUGGCCAAAUUUUGGGCGUGAAGUUUAUUGCAAAUUUAGGUGUGCCGCUCGCUCAAGUAAAGGGCUUACCUGGGUUGUCAAAAGAUGCAGAAGUCAGUGGAUCCAACUCAGAGAAAAAUGAAUCUGGCACAGAGAACAUGCCCAUUAUUACUGAGUCAUUUUCACUUUCUGCAGAAGAAUUCAAUAUGUCCAAAGAGGCAGAUGCAGAUAAUGAUGAUGUUCUCUUUGUUUCAAAAUCAGAGCCUUCAAAGGCAGGUUCCAAUAGGAAAACCUCAGAAAUUAUAGAUGUGGAUGCUGAGGAAGGACUCUCUGAAAAGGGAGGGAAUGAGCAAUCUAAGGAAGUUAAUAGUGAUGCCUCAAAAGAAUUUGAGAGAAAGGAGAAAGAUCCCAUGACUGGGAAAGCAGAUGGAGGGAAAGAGUCUCACCAAAAUUCUCCUCUUCCCUCCCAGCGGGACCCUGUCUCCCUCUCUGGGCCCAUGAUGUCCCCAGACAGCAUGACCAGCGUUCCCAGCUCUCCAGCAGGGUCCUCCACUCACAGCCAGCCCACCACACCAGUUCGCACAAAUAGCCUCGCAUCUGAGCUUCACAGCCCUCCCCUGCCUAUUGAUAGUAAUGAAGUAUUAGGAGUUCAGAAGAAGAAGGUGACCACCAUACUAGAACAGUCUCCGGACAGACAGGGCAAAAUUAAGCUGUCUGAUGUACGGGGACCAGCUGGUGGCAAGAACAGUCCCGGUGGGAGCGCGUCCCAAACUGUUGUCACGGCUAAAAAGACAAUAACGUUAGAUAAAGCCUCGGAGAUUGACUCACUGUCCACAGGAUGCAAAGUGUACGCCAAUAUUGGAGAGAACACCUAUGACAUUGUCCCAGUCAAAGAGGAUCCUGGUGAAGGGGACUCAAGAACCGGUGUUGGCAAGAAGUCCACUGGCACAGGGGAUGCUUCUAGUCUCUCACCCCGUGGCCCUAGCAAAAAGAAAGCAAAGAUGGAGUCUGAAGAUCAUUAUGAGCUUAUCAUGGAUGGCAAGACCUUCUAUGUGUGCAUCGUCUGCAAGCGCCCAUAUGUAUGUCUGACGAGUCUCAGACGACAUUUUAAUACCCAUUCCUGGGAGAAGAAGUAUCCAUGUCAUUAUUGCGACAAAGUCUUUGCCCUGGCUGAGUACAGAACAAAGCAUGAAAUCAGCCACACUGGUGAGCGGAGGUAUCAGUGUCUGCUGUGCAAUGAGACAUUCAUGAAUUACCAACUGCUCUCCUCCCACUGUAAACAGGUCCACAACCAGGACCCAUCUGGGAGAAAAGAAAAAGAUGACAAUGAAAACAACUUGUACCGUCUCCUGCCCUGUAAGACCCUCCAAUUCAAGCCUUACUCUUAUGUGUCUGAGAGCGCAGGGGGCAUUCCGGUCAUUAAUGAGGAAGGCAUCGUUCAGCACAUCAAUCCUGGGCGAGCACACUUUACCAACCAGGCGCUUCAGCCCUCAGGCCAGAGUAAGAUUUUGAGCUGGGAUGACAUCUUUGUGGAGCCAGAUGCUCACACAAGACCUGGGGCACAUGCCCGACCCUUGGUGCACCCUCGCCCUGGUGCUAGUGUGAACGCUGAGGGCUCAGAGUUUGAGUUUGUCAUACCAGAGACAUACUGAGCUGAAGAGCUCAGGGACUGAUCUGGGACUGGUGCCUUCCCCUUAGACUUUAUUUAGGAAUCAUGUUUUUGGGUCCAGAUUUAGCAGAUUUGACUGUUCAGCAGUAGACAAUUUGACAUCGACAUCAGACAUAUGCACAGUGACUGUCAUAUUGCUGUGUCCUUAUUUUAUAGUCGUUGAUGUGAACUGUCUGAUACAAUUAACUUCAUGACACAAAUGUUACCAAAUGUUAUUAGUUAAUUUGCUAAAUUGCCUCUCAUCCUGAGUACUGUUGACAGUUUCAUACUAUUGUAUGGUGGGGGGGGGGGGGGGGUUACAUUGAUAUUCAUGAAUAUCCCGAUUUACUAAUGAAUCAUGGUUCAUUUCUCAUCCACCCAACCAAGCAUUUGCUUUAACCUUAUUGGUGUAUUGUGUAUAAGUGUUUAGAUUGAGACAACACAGGAAUUAAACAAUUUGGACAUGCUGCAGUUGACCAUUGCCAUGACCAUUGUUCACUUUCACUUAGUGAAAAUUAGGCUAAUAUAUUUUAAUUUGAAAAUGUCCAACACUGAUUGAGUGUUAAUAAAUGGAACAUUGUUGUUAAUGCUAAGAUUUUGUAAAGAUUUUGUAGAAAGACUGAUGUGAUGUUGCACUAAGUUCUCUAAAGAGGAAGAAAACAUGUUUGUGUAGAAGAGCAGGAAUGGUGCAGCAGAGUGUCAAAGUGAGAAACGGCUUCCAGCUCUGAGGUGUAGGGUGGGUUAGAUACUCUUGUAUUUAAAAUCAUUUGGAUGAGAUGUAUGAGGAAAGGGAUAAUGGGUAUAAUGUAAAUGUAUUUUUGGGCAUUUAUUCCAGUUAUGAAGUCUGUCCCCUUUCAUUGUAGACCAAAAUUAUGCUAUAUGCUGGUCAUAUGUCCCACUGUAACAGUACAUCAAAUUAGCUUGUUGGAGGCCAAAAGCUGCUUUCUUUACAGUUCUAUUCGAGAGAGGUUAUGCCUUGAAUUAGUGAAACAGGAAUUUUCUGUCUUUUUAAAUGUUUUCAUGAGUUCGCAUAAUGAAGGCUCAUGCAUCAAGAGUCAUAACUUGCUUUCUCUUUUUCUUUUCCAGAUGUCGUUGGUAUGUAGUUUUUAUGUGUUGGACCGUAAACUGCCAUUUUCAUAAUACUGCUCAGUGAUAUUGGUUCAGUAUGAAAUUACUAAAUGAAAGCCCUUUUAGCUUUUAUAUGACGCAAAAUUAACAACUGUGUAUUGUGUACAUAAUUGUACUGAAGACCUUCUCCAGUUAACACAUAUUUCUUUUGAAAUGUAUUUAUUAGGUCUUAGUGCUAUACAGAAUAAAAUUCAUCUCUACACAGUA